GUGACGUGCGUGGCUUUUUGCACAUCAGCAGACCCAUCUCGAGAGUACUGUUCAUUCGAAAAGUACCCGGCAAACCGCCAUAAUUGAGUUUUCGUCAAUACGGGAAGGACUUAUGCCACUGUACCCACGAUGAAGUCAACGUAUAUCGGCUUUUUAUUCCUCACUUGUGUGUAUGCCAAUCCCAGAAAUUGGUGGGAACGCCCGGAGCACGAAGACGAAAUUAUACAUUUAGGACUAUACUUUGUUUAUGACAAGGCAUUUUCGGAGCGAGCCCUCUUCAAAGUGAACGACAGCUUCGACGCCUAUUUCACUGUACUCACAAGAGCGGCCCAGGAGUACUUCAAGCUACACGAUGACCCCAAAAUCCGCCUCACUCUUGUCGGAACAUCGAAACUUGAGAGGGAAGACAUAAUUACUAGCACUACUAUAAACGGAACAGAUAAACUACAAGCGAAUGACACACUGGACAAGCUGGACGCAAUAAUGAGGUGGAAUGAAACACUGGAACCCGACGUCGACAUAGUGUUUCUUGCGACAGGGAAGAAGCUGCAGGUCAGAGAAUCAUGGAUGACCGGAGAGUGGUACGGACUAUCUUAUCCCCGAUCCAUCUGUUGGGGGAACGCUUCAGUGGGACUCAUUCACGAUGAUGGAGCCACCUUCAACGGAGUACGCCUCACAGCCCUUCAAGUGGCGCUUCUGGUAGGAGCUAAAAAAGAUAACGGAAAGUGGGGCGAAUGCCCUGUAGAUGAAGACCUAUACCUGACAUCCUCGGCUAGUGGAGGACGCCGACCAGCCUUGUCUGACUGCAGCAGAGAGUCAAUUCGAGACUUAUAUUAUCGCCAAAGAGACUACCGUAGCCUUUGCUGGAGUGACAAACCAACACCUGCUCUCGAUCCCGAACAUGACGAGUUUCCCGUGGACUUCUACAAGAAAUUUGACUGUGAUGCCUGCCACGUAUCGGAGCACUUAAAGAACAACACUGGCAAAUCCUUAAACUGCUCGAUAUCUACAAUCAAUCGGAACGUCAACCCCUGGCCAACGACGAAGAAGACCAGCUGGCACCGUGCGGCCAAGAGACUAAGUGAAAAACUCUACAAACGGAGAACGACGACAGUCUCACCUUACCAAGACUGCACGCAGUCCUGUUGCCGGUUCGACCGCAUCCCUGGACGCUAUGGUGGCUACUGGAACUGCUGGGACACCCGGGCCGCUGACGGCACAAUAUGUGAUUCGAGAAGGGUGUGCUUAGACGGAGUGUGCGCCUAAAUUCACCUUCGGAACACAGACUGACUGAGGGAUUCGAGUGACAAUAAGCGACGCUGUUGCAUAUCUUGAUCUGCGUUAACGUCUGCCUCUGUUGCUUCUCCAAGUGUCUUUUUUUCUUUUUCAGAGAACUUCUUUUUUUCAUUCAUUAUUUUUUUUAUGCAUGGUUUUGCCAACUUCACAGAAAAUAAAACAGCAUAAGCUUGCGACAA